UCAUGUCAUGUUAUUGUACAGUGUUUUCGCUUUCGCUUUGCUGUCAUGUUAAACUCGAUUUUUAACCUUUAAAGACCAUUUUAGCGAGUUGCGACUCCUGUAAAAAUGGACAAGUUCAUCUUCACGACGAUUAUAAUUAAACCGAGCGAUGGGUUCUUCUUUUAUUUUUGAUUAUUUUACGGUCUCUUUACUAUCUGAAAAAUAGAAAAUGGAAAUGUGAACAUUUAAAAUAUAGCUACUAAAUACUACGUCGACAGACGUUCAGGUUUAGUGAUAAGUUUCAUUACAUAUGUAUUUUGGAUGGCUACAAAAACACUAUACACUCCUAUUAAAUGCGUGGUUUGUGAUAUUUAAAGGAAGAAACCACAGUAAAUAAUACGAUAAGAUUAUUUCAGAUAACUUUCCACCUUUAAUGUGAAAGUGCUAACUAACUAAAUAAAUAAAUCAGCAAGCAAAAAUGUGCAUUUUGGAAAGAAAUGAAAUGGAUUUCGCUGGACCUUAUAGCCCUUUUUAGGUGUGAAGUCAGUUUGUCAUCAUGGAGAACAGAGAGAGACCUUCAUCUCCUGAUCACAGCUGUGUGUCUCUGAAGAGUGACGGAUCCAUGGCUCCUCCUCCUAAAUUCAGUAAUGAUCCAGUGACCUCUGACCCCAGUAUCUGCAGUCAGAGAUCUUCAUCUCCUGAUCACAGCUGUGUGUCUCUGAAGAGUGACAGAUCCAUGCCUCUUCCUCCUAAAUUUAGUGAUGAACCAAUGACCUCUGACCCCAGGAUCUCAUCGAGUCAGAGAUCUUCAUCUCCUGAUCCCAGCUGUGUGUCUCUGAAGAGUGACAGAUCCAUGCCUCUUCCUCCUAAAUUCAGUGAUGAACCAAUAACCUCUGACCCCAGUAUCUCCAGGAGGAGAAAGAGACAGAGAUCUUCAUCUCCAGAACCCAGUUGUGUGUCUCUGAAAAGUGAGAGAUCAAUGCCUCUUCCUCCAAAAUUCAGUGAUGAACCAGUGACCUCUGAACCCAGUAUCUCCAGGAGGAGAAAGAGACAGAGAUCUCCAGAACCGAUGCAGAGUCUACCUUCAAAAUUCAGUGAUGAAGCAGUGACCUCUGACACCAGCUGUCAUGAUCAAAAUGGAGACCAGGAUCCUCCUCAACCAGUAGACGAUGAACUACAGAGAGUCAAAUACCAGCACAAAACCAGCAUGAAGAUCAAGUAUGAGAGAUUAUUUGAUGGAACAAAACUCCAGGAGAAUGAAAGCCUCCUGAACAGGAUCUACACACAGCUCUACAUCAUAGAGGGAGAGAGUGAAGGAGUGAAUGAAGAACAUGAGUUUUUACAGAUGGAGAAAACAGCCAGAACACAACACUCACAAGACACUCCAAUCUACUGCAAUGACAUCUUUAAAGCCUCAGCUGAACCAGGAUGUGAGGAGAAAGACCAGAUCAAGACUGUUCUUACUAAAGGCAUCGCUGGAAUCGGAAAAACCGUCUCUGUGCAGAAGUUCAUUCUGGACUGGGCCGAGGGAAAAGCCAAUCAGGAUGUAGAUUUCAUGUUUGUGCUUCCAUUUCGAGAGCUGAACUUGAUCCGAGAUCGUCAGUACAGUCUUCACAGACUUCUGCUGGACUUUCAUCCUGAACUUCAAGAUCUGGACUCAAAGAUUUAUGAGGAGUGUAAAGUUGUGUUCCUCUUUGAUGGUCUGGAUGAAAGCAGAAACACACUGAUGUUUUCAGAUGAUCAGAAAGUUUGUGAUGUGACUGAGACUUCAUCAGUGGGUGUGUUGAUGUCAAAGCUCAUGAAAGGAGAGCUGCUUCCCUCUGCUCUCAUCUGGAUCACCUCCAGACCAGCAGCAGCCAAUCAGAUCCCCUCCAAAUACAUCAACCGUCUGACAGAAAUUCAGGGAUUCAAUGAGCCUCAGAAGGAGGAAUAUUUCAGGAAGAGAAUCAGUGACCAGCAUCAAGCCAGCAGAAUCAUCUCACACAUCAGAAGAGCAAGAAGCCUCCACAUCAUGUGCCACAUCCCCGUCUUCUGCUGGAUAUCAUCCACUGUGCUUCAGAAGCUCCUGGAAGAAGAUCUGAGUGCAGAAAUCCCUCAAACUCUGACUGAAAUGUACAUCCACUUCCUGCUGAUUCAGAUCAACACGAGGAACCAGAAGUAUGAAGAGAGAGAUCCAGAGAAACUCCUGCAGUCCAACAGAGAAAUGAUUGUGAAACUUGCUGAAGUGGCUUUCAAACAGCUGAUGAAGGGCAAUGUGAUGUUCUAUGAGGAGGACCUGAUUGAGAGCGGCAUAGACGUUACUGAUGCCUCAGUGUAUUCUGGGAUUUGCACUGAGAUCUUUAAGGAGGAAUCGGUGAUUCAUCAGAGGAAAGUCUACAGCUUCGUCCAUCUGAGUGUUCAGGAGUUUCUCACUGCUUUCUAUGUAAUUUACUGCCAUUUAACGAAGAACAAUGAACCACUACAGGUUUUUCUGCGUGAUUUAAGAAUUUACAGAAUUUAUGAAGACCCUCUGUUUGGACUACAGUUUCCAGGUGCAACAAAUAAACAUGACUAUAAAUAUAGAUAUGAUAACCAUGUGUCUGACACUUUGCAUGAUCUGCUAAGAUCAGCAGUAAUUAAAGCACUCCAGAGUGAGAAUGGACGUCUGGAUCUGUUCCUGCGGUUCCUGCUGGGCGUCUCACUGGAAUCCAAUCAGAGACUCUUACAGGAUCUGCUGACACACACAGAAAACAGCUCAGAGAGCAUCAGAGAAACCACACAGUACAUUAAAGAGAAGAUCAAAUUUAAUGAUAAUUUUUAUAAUCCCUCAGCAGCUCAAUCCAUCAAUCUGUUCCUCUGUCUGCUGGAAGUGAAAGAUCAGACUCUGUCCAGAGAGAUUCAGGAGUUUGUGAAAUCAGACAAACACUCAGAGAAACUCUCUCCUGCUCGCUGCUCAACAAUCGCCUACAUACUUCAGAUGUCAGAGGAGCCGCUGGAUGACAUGGACUUCAAGAAAUACACCACAUCAGUUGAGGGUAGAACAAGACUGAUACCAGCUGUGAUCAACUGUAGAAAAGCUCUUCUUUCUGGCUGUAAUUUCACUGCUCAGCAUUGUGAAAUUGUUUCAUUAGUUCUUCAGUCCUCAAACUGUAUCCUAAAAGACCUGGACCUGAGUAACAAUGACUUGCAGGAUUCAGGAGUGAAGCUGCUCUCUGAUGAACUGAAGUGUCCAAACUGUCAGCUGGAGAUACUGAGACUUUCUGGGUGUAGUCUUGCUGAUCAGAGCUGUGAGAGUUUGUCAUCAGCUCUUCAAUCCUCAAACUGUGUCCUGAGAGAGCUGGAUCUGAGUAACAAUGACCUGCAGGAUUCAGGAGUGAAGCUGCUCUCUGAUGGACUGAAGAGUCCAAACUGCCAGCUGCAGAUACUGAGUCUUUCUGGCUGUAAUCUCAUUGGUCAGCAUUGUGAGAGUUUGUCAUCAGCUCUACAAUCCUCAAACUGUGUCCUGAGAGAGCUGGAUCUGAGUAACAAUGACCUGCAGGAUUCAGGAGUGAAGCUGCUUUCUGAUGGACUGAAGAGUCCAAACUGCCAGCUGCAGAUACUGAGGUUGUCUGGCUGUAUGGUGUCAGAGGAAGGCUGUGGUUAUUUGUCUUCAGCUCUGAGUUCAAACCCCUCACACCUGAGAGAGCUGGAUCUGAGCUACAAUCACCCAGGACAAUCAAGAGUCCAGCUGAUCUCUGAUAAACUGCAGGAUCCAAACUAUAAACUGCAGAUACUCAAUGUGGAUCAUGGAGGAGACAUCAGGAUGACAGCAGGACUACAGAAGUAUGCCUGUGAUCUCACACUGGAUCCAAACACAGCACACACUCAACUCAUUCUGUCUGAUGAGAACAGGAAGGUGACGCGUGUGGAGGAGCAUCAGCCAUAUCCUGAUCAUCCAGAGAGAUUUAAGAAGUGGUAUCAUGUUCUGUGCAGAGAGAGUCUGACUGGACGCUGUUACUGGGAGGCUGAAUGGAGUGGAUCUGCUGAUAUAUCAGUAUCAUAUAAAGGAAAGGACGGAAUGAGUGAUUUUAAUUUUGGAUGGAAUGACAAAUCCUGGAAUCUGAACUGCUCUAGUAGCAGUUUGUCUGUCCGUCACAAUAAAAACUACACUGAUAUACCUGCCGUCCACUCAUCCUCUAAUAGAGUAGGUGUCUAUCUGGAUUGGUCGUCCGGCUCGCUGUCCUUCUACAGCGUCUCUGACACACACACACUCACACACUUACACACAUUCAACACCACAUUCACUGAACCCCUCUACACUGUAUUUACAGUUUAUUCGAACUCUUCAGUGGCUCUGUGUCAGAUUAAACAACAAAUACAGACACACUUGUAAAUCCUCUUUAUGAUGUUCACAUGCACACAAAAAGUCAUCAGAUCUCAUUAUUACUUUGUAUUAAUUAUUUUUUUAAUUAAUGUUUUUGUCUUCCAGAAGUUGUACACCUAGAUCUGACACAUACUAUUCUGAAUCUUUAGUAAACAGAGUAAAAGGUUUCUUUAAUAUU